AUGCCCUACACAAACCCUAUCUUACCGGGCUCAAACCCCGAUCCCUCUAUAGUCCGCGUCGGAGACGACUAUUUCCUUGUAACCUCGACUUUUGAAUACACGCCUUCGGCGCCCAUAUACCAUUCAAAAGACCUGAUCAAGUGGAACUUGAUCACCCACGCGAUUACUCGUCCCUCACAGCUGCAGAUCCAGACACCUGAGCCGGGUGGUGGAGUAUGGGCGACGACGAUCCGGUACCACGAGGCCACGAAAACGUUCUACGUGGUCGCGGCGAGCUUCAGUCGGUAUAGGCCACAGGACGAUGACAGAGUCUGGCCUCGCGGGUUCUAUGUCAAGACCGACUGGGAGGGGAUCUGGGAUCCUACGGGGCAAAGCUGGAGCGAGAGCGUUUGGCUAGACGCGGUGGGAUUCGAUCAGGAUCUCUUCUUCGAUGACGACGGUACAGUCUACCUGAGCAGUACAUACCGCAAGCACCAGCGCACCAUCACGAAUGGUUGCCCCCUCAAGGACUUCGCAAUCCACAUCAGCACGAUCGACCUGCAAACAGGGGAUGUAACCAGCGCACCGAAACUGAUCCGCUCCUCGUCUUCUGGAGUCUCUGAGGGCUCGCAUAUUUUCAAAAGAGGGAAAUACUACUACCUUUUCACCGCAGAAGGGGGCACAGAAUCCGGACACAGCGAGUGGGUGUGUCGGUCUGAGAGUAGUCCCUUUGGCCCGUGGGAGGCUGGACCUGUCAGCGAGGUGAAUCCGCUUUUUGGCAGCGGGAUCUCACCGGAUGAUGAGGUGCAGAAUACAGGCCAUGCCGAUUUUGUAGAGGAUACCAACGGAAAUUGGUGGGCUGUGUUCCUGGGCGUGAGGCCGGUGUGGAGGGAGAGCGAGAAGCGGUGGGAGGGGAGUGUUUUUGGCAGAGAAACAUUUCUCUCCCCCGUAACAUGGGAGAACAACUGGCCGGUGGUCAACUCCAAGCGUAGAAUAACCCUCGCCAUAGAUACGCCGCAUCUGUACCACUACACGUCGUCCGUGGAAUGGAGAGACGAUUUCACCUCUGGUACCCUCCAACUCGGCUGGUACAGAAAGAACACGCCACUGAAGAAAGAUUACGCCCUUCUCGCGUGCUCGACACAGCCAGGCCAAAAUGCCAGGACCAGUGGAGGCCUCCGUCUACUUGGUGCCCCCUACACCCUAUCAACACCCUCCUGCCCAACACUCUUCCUACGCAAGCAAACCGCGCAAUAUUGUACCUGGGAGACGAAAUUACGCUUCUUGCCUGACAGUGUGAAUGUCGAGGCUGGGACGGCAGUCUACUUGAACUAUUUCACGUUUGUCAGUAUAGGAAUACGGCUGGACCCCUCUCAGGCGGAAACAGAAGAGUUUCGCAGCCUGAACAAUGGCAAGAAAGAGAGAAAGAGAAUCAUCCGCUUCGCACCGUCAAACACGCACAAUACACCGGGAUUCUCGAGCAAGGCCGUUGAUUUCCCGCUCGGCUCGAGCACCAGUGCAAUCGUCUUGCGCAUUGAAUGCGGCGAUUCGUAUCGAUUUGGGUUCCGCGAGGUUCAGACAGACGCAGGAACAGUCCCUGGAGCUAAACAACCGGAAACGGGGGAGGUGCAAUGGGUUGGUGAAGUCAGUAAUAGGGCUCUGGUUGAAGCACCGCUGCCUAUCGGCGCACCGUUUACGGGGGUCAUGCUGGGGCUCUAUUCAGUGGGUGAUCGCGAGGCUGUGAGGGUUCCAGCGGAUUUUGAGUACGUUCAAAUCAGGGGUAUAGACCAGGACUAA